AAGACUCUGUAUCAGAAAUGAGGAGGAACAAAAGUCCAUAUAUGUCCUCUCACAAUAAAUGAAGUGUGGGAUAUAUGCAGAACUUUAGGUGGAAACGGUACGAUAGGAAUGAACAGGUGAACCAAACAUAAAUCGGAGCGUUAACCAGUAGCGAAGGACGCAAGUAUAUGCGUCGCAAUCAUACAAUUCUAACGCAAUUAAAUAUGGCCGAACUGGCAUCAUUUGAGGAUAAUUAAGCGAACAAUCAAGGGAACGGCGACAGAUUCACGCGACAAACUGCGCUCCAAAUCAAUGAGAAACGACAGAACUAUCGAACGCGGUGUGGAGCAGUGGCGGCGAACAAGAUGGCAAUACGUUGCAUGUUGCAGAUUUUCACAGCUGCGAAAGUGUUCGCCUUUAUUUGACUGCGGCGCGUACCUCAUGAGCAUGAUUCUUAGUUCUCGCGGGCGAGUCUUACAUAUGCCGCGACGCGCUUGCGCAACAGGCAAGAAAAUCAGGCACGCCUAACGAUCAGCAGCGAGUGCAUCAAAAAUGUUGGAGUUGAAAAAUAGCGCCUGGACUGAUGUCAACAUUGUACAGAUUCAACAAAUCGAAAAAAUAGCACGAGCACAUAAAGCAUCCUUUCACUUGCAACUUUAUACCAUAAGUAUCUAUUAACAGAGCAGAGCGAGCGCGCUGCUAUUAGGCGACCGCCUGCAACCUGCUGGCAGUGCGUGCCGUGGUCAUUAGUUAUUCAGUAUUUCGCGGAUUGUCACUAGUUUUAGUAUCGUGAUUUUUAUACAUCUAUUCUAGCAAAAGCGUCAACGUUAGUUAAUUAUCAGUAGUUCGCGAAUUGUCAGAAGUUUUAGCAUCAGAAUUUUUAUACAUCUAGCAAAAACGUCGAAGAGCCCGAAAAGCUAUAGCAUCGAGAUUUCGUCAAUGGAAAACGAUACAAAGCAUGUAAGAGCGUCGCGAAAUGAAUUUGCACGAUGGCAAUUUAUACUCGAAGAAAACUUACAAAAUUAGCAGAAAGCGACUUUUGGGCGUGUGACUUGCGAGACGCCUGGACUUCACCGAUUCGCGACAUUACCCGGAGGCCGCCUCUUGCAGGGAAUGCUGUAGCGCAUUUACCAAGGACGCUUUCUGUUUUGUGUUCGAAGGUAAAGCAUCCCCUUGCAAUUUCAUAUUUUCGAGGAGCAAGGCGUCGUCUCCUAUGGUCGCAGAAUCGAGAAGCACAGUGGACCAGUUGCCAUCGGUCCGAAGAAACACACGACCCCGGAAAACCGUUGUAGAUGCGGCAAGGAUCUUGACCACACAAGGAAAAUUUUGCUGCUUCCAAAAAUUCACCUCAUCACGCUGAUAAAGUCGCCAGCUAAUAGUAGCGCCCGUCUUGCCAAAUAAUGAAAGUAGCGACAGCUUGCGAGCUUUCUCUUGCGGGUAUUUUCGUCGGACCUGAGGAGGCUGCGCGAGACCUUGCUGAGGGGCUGGCAAAGGAAGUGAAGCGGUUUAAGCGAUCGCAUAUUUACUAGCAUCGCAUACCUCAUCAGGCCCAAAUCAGAGAACACGAGGUGAAAUCUGACACAAGAGAAAGAACCCUUCGGCGCCAUAAUGUAACGAUAAGGGACACACCCCGCAUCUCGACUUGGAUCCGGCGCACAUAUCCCUUGACACCGAUCGCCAAAAUUAGAAGCACAAUCACGCCGAACAGCUAUGACGGAAAGCAGUUACCAGCCUGAUUGGUCAGUGAUUGACGACGUGGCAAAGUGCUGACGGAGAUAGCUCUAGCAGUUUUGAUGUUCAUAAGUUUUUGCUACUUCUUGGCCCCUGAAGUUCGGCUAUGUCCAUAAACGGCAACGAGUGAGGAAGCGCCGCGCUGCCCAUCGUGGUAGGCCCAAAAACUCUCUCGCGCGUAAUCAUAGGAGCAACAGCGGCCACUGCUGGCGGCGGACGAGCGGGCAAACCAGAAUCAAGAGGAGGAGCCGGCAUUCGUGUAAGCGGCGUAGAUUCGUAUAGCUUUAUUUGUAUCCACGGUAUGUUUUUCAGAGUGGUGGGCCGCUUCAUACCUACCAAAAAUUAGAGGCAUCCGCGACGCAUCUUGGUGUUGCACCCCUGAAAAUUUGAGAAGAAUGAACUUCGAAGGUUUGCCCCCAAAUUUUCCGAAGAUGCGCGCACAGAUGCGUAAGCUUGAACCUUAAAAAAUGCCGUCACUGCGGGCGUCCACUGUGUCGGUAUGUAUGCGCGUAACAAUGUAAGGCCCCAUAUAUUUCGGUUUGUACUUUGCUUGCACUUUCUUGACCCGGAUCCAGACUUUAGUCCCAAUCUUAACAGACUUCUUCAUUUGUUGCAACAAGGCCGACGCUUCUGGUGCUCUGGCUGUGAAAAAAGCCCGCUUAUUUCUUCGCGCUUUAGCAACAGUUGCCGCCUUCGCACGUUGGAGAAUGUUCGGCUUCGAACUGUUGUUCCCAGCAGGUGCCUCGUCCUUGCUGGUGGGUGAUGGAUCGUCAGCCACGCUACUUGGAACAGCGUCGGCGCCGGCAAGGUUUUCCUUUCGAUCGGCAUCCGCUUUAUCUACAGAAGCGAAAGGGCCAGACAAAGGCGAAAGACCCCCCAACGAAGCGGGGCCACUGGCGUCACAGGGGGGAAGUUUUUUCGUUUCAUCUGCAGGCGCGGGAGAUUCGUCAAGCUUCUGGCGCUUCGGUGAAUCCAGGUCGUCGCUGUUGCUUUGCGCGCUUCUUUUUCUUUGCAGUGGGUGCAUAGUGGCUUCCAGAACUGUUCGCAUAGUCAUGCCGCAGCGGAUAAACGAGGACGCAGGCAGCAACCGCGCCCGAGUCGUGCGCGCGUUUAAAUUUGAAACCAAAUCCCGCAGAAUUUCGGGCCACCGUCCGCGAGAUUUGCAAUAAUUACAGACAGGCCAGCCCUCGCUCUUAUUCGCUGGGUGAUAGUCUUUCACGCUGCGCGAUGCUAGGGAGAUCAGAGGAAGAGGGACAAAAAUUACGCCGGUACACGAAAGACUAAAAACCAAGACGCGAGAGGUGCCGAGUUUCAUAAAAAUUAGACUCCGCAGCUGGCCGUUAUAUGACUCGACCGAGCCGUUCGCCUGAGGCCGUGCCCGCGGUGUUUGGCGCACAAUAGCUCGCGAGCCUCCUUCGAAAUCCUCAGCAAACGGAGGGCACUCGUGGCACCUGUCUACAAAAUUAGUGAUGGGCGCAAGCGCUUGUGGUUCUGAUAAGCGCGGCAGCUAGCGGCGCGCCGUGUUAGCCUUAUGGGCAAAAGACGGAAAACUUUGCUGCCGAACAGCUGCCCAAAAACCAGAACCACAAACCAAAGCGAGUCCAUAAAGCACGUGCACUGACACCAGGCGCGAACGCGGUCGAAUUCGCCUCCGUUAUCGAUGAAAAAUUAGAAAAAAAAAAGCCGGAGGCGCUUGUUUAUAUGCGGGGCGUGCUGCAGUCAGAUACGCAACAGAUUUGCCACGAUAUAUUUUGAGCCCCCGGGAUGGUCCAUAAGUUAGGUACUUCGGAGCACCAUUAUCGGCCACGAAGUCGAGAAAUCUGUGCUUGAUUUCGAUAGGGUCUUUGGUAAUCGUACGGCGAGCGUCCACGGCCCCUCGGGUUUGACACGCGUGAUUUAACACAUAUCGAUACACCGGAGGCGGCGAAAUAGGAGCGGUAGUAUCUUCACACGGUUCACAACUGAACAAGUCGAUCCCCGUCCAGCCGAAUGCCCGCUCGGCGGCCGAGGUUGCGUCGUUGAUUGCCGCAGGUUAGACCGAUCCCUAUCCAUCCCAAAGGGAGCCCCCAAGCAUAUGCAUCAACGUCCCUACAUUAGUGCAAUGCAAAUGCUUGGAGGCUGUGAAUAGAGAUGAACAGGAGGGAGCCUUAAGCCAGGGUGGUGCUUUUGUACGUGUCCGCGAGUGCCCUGGGAACUUUUUCCGCCGCACACCCAUCACAGUCGUCAGUAGACUUCUGCGCUGUGACACCCAUACCGCGCCAAGUAAAGCCUAAGCGCCCGAUUUCCCGCAUGGUGGCAUCUUUGCCGCAGUGCGUAGUUAAAUGCGCGAGGUCUGCGACACGCGUUUUCUCCUCUUCCUGUGCGACCACAGUGAGCCACUUUGGUUUGAGAGCGGUAGUCGCUGCACUAUUUCGGCCGUAAGCUGGGAAAGAAGACAACACCGACAACCGGCGGGGGGUCGCAUCUAUUUCGCCUGCGCCUUUCUUCGUGGUGAUAUUUGUGGGGCAGCCUUCGCAACUGCUGAAACGCAAGGAGUUUUUUCGCCACCAAUGGCGAUGACUACGCGCUAGGCCCUUUUCUAAUUCUCCUAGGUCGGCGGCCCUCUUCUCGUCUCGAGCAGCGCAGAGAGAAAAAAGAACAGCGUCCGGAAUGCGAAAGUUUUGACGAAUGGAGCCACUGUUUGGGUCGUUUCCUUCUUCGCCGCUCGUGUCAUGCGCACCCCCCACAUCCUCCACGCCUGCUGUGCUUGCGCUCGCCGCGUGUGUCAUUUGCUCACCCGAGCCGGGUAGUUCCUUGCUGUUCGUGUCUUGCGCUACCUUAGGCGACUCAGCAUCGGCGGGGCCCACGGUUUUUGAGGUCAUCUGGGGCGCAUUUUCUGCCGCUGUUGCGCUUGGGCUCGUCGUUACUCGCAGCAGGGGAGUGUAGUGGACUCCAGUAUAUUUCAAAGAGACAGGCGAACCGCUGCCGCUAUUGAUGUCAUGCCUGUCGCCACGGCUAACGUCGUAAACCACGAUAUGCAGCGAGAGAAAUUCCGCAGCUGCUUGCAAGCGUUAGAACUGUGCAACCCCCAUCCCCAGCGGCAUCUUGGGAGCCUUCUUCCCUUUCACAUCGCAACCAAGAUGCCGGCGAGAGGGGAUGACUUGCAAGCAUAAAGAAACGAAUUUCCCAGCCACAAACAGGGCGCCGCUAUGAGUUUGUCUAGGAAAGUGCCCCAAGCUGCUAGGUCGCAGCCAAUCCGCUCCGCUUCCUCAUCGCUACAGCCUAGCUCCUGGCCAGCUUCCCCCACUAAAAAAGGAGCAUACUUCAAAGAUGUCCGCAAACUCUCAAGAAUCUCACCACGCAGCGCCAGGCCCUCUCCUGGCCGAUUGACUGAAACCGCCAAAGCAUGAGAGAGACAAGCACCAUCCGAGUCCACUUCAACCCCACGCAAAUUGUUUGGAAUUUCCUCACGCUUCCACACCAUUCUCGUACGGUAUUUUUGCGCGAAGCUCUUUGGAUUGAAAGAACCAGGCAGCCGCCCAACUUGUCCAUCUCGGCAGGCCGACACAUCUCCCGAAAAUAGUUGGUAUAAGUCCCGCCGCGCUACCUUCAGCGAAUUUGCAGUAGCUUCGCCAACAAAGCACCAAACCUGGUAGCGGUUCUCGCUUGUCUGCGUCACGAAUUUGGCGCGAGAUUCUUGCCGCACUCGGGUCAUCAAAACGGAGUAGCUGGGUGCCGCAUCUACGUCCACCAUGAUCCAUUCACGGCCCUGCGGCCGCCAAAAUGUGUGCUGCGUUUCCAGAAAUCCUUUGCGGGCCAGAUCCAGGAGAUCACUUUGGGGCAUGUUCUGGACAGGCUGCAACGCUUCUUUUUUCGGGUGGGUCAACUGUAAGAACGUCACCGCACGGUUAGGAGUGUGCACAUUUACGACCGCCAAUGCGUUCACCAAGUCCGUUACAUCCGAACAAACGGACGGCGCGGAGCCCCCCUCACCUCUAUUGCUUCCGGGCGUGUUCCCUGGUUUCGCAUUGACGUCACCGACAGGCCCCGGCCGCAUCUUCUUGAUCGAGGGGCCGAAGGCUGCCACCUUAUCCAGCAGCGCAACGUGCUGCGACUUCUUGGCGACAUUUGCUCCGAAAGCUUGAGCCGCCGCCGACAGGCUCCCGGCUUCCGCCGUUAGAACAGUGAAAGCCAUCGACAUCUCCCUCGCCGUCAAGCGAUUCUGCUCGCGAAGUUCUUUCAUGGUUUCUCACUGCGACCAGUAUAAGUCCACGAGUGAUGAAAUUUGGCGCAGCGCCUUCUCCUGGCCCUCGCUCAUGCCUCCGCUGCGAAACAUCCCAUCAUCCCGGAAUUUAGACCCCGGAAACUGCUCCGCUCCAUCCCCAAAGAAACCCAACCUGCCACUCAUUCAGCACAACUCGAGCCGCCUCGCAACGUUCCUCGUCCGUCUUUCCCACGUUUGCCAACACACUGCCAACCAUUUUCGCCGGCCGUUUUCUCCGUCUGGGCUGUUUCGUGAUGUUGCCUCUCGCGUCAGCUCUUUGCCGUCGUUGUUCCGUGCUUCGGUUUUGCCUCGUUAGUUCCGUGGCGUCUUCGCGUUCCCCUUAGUCUGCGAUCGUCCUUGCGCUUUUUUCUUCCUUGUUUUUUCCUGUCGUUUGUUUGCUUGUUUUCGGUGACUGGUUUGCGUCCCCGUCGUUGUUUGCGUAAGUAUCUAGCUAUCUAGUUACAUGCGUCAAGGAAGAUUCACCGUAAACAACAAAAAAAAAGGGGGAGGGGGGGGGGCAGCAACGCCAUGGAUGGAUAGAUUUGAAAGAGAAGCGAUGGACUAAGUAUGUCGCCACGUCAGUGCGCUGCGAGUCACGUUCGGCGCGUUUUAGUCGCUGAAUUACUUAACGAAACGCAAACAAUUUUAAAGCCCAGACUUUUGCUCAGCUCAACCCUCCACAGAUGUCCACUAAGUUAGUAGCUCAAACAGAUGGGCGCACGGUCGAAACUCUCAAAAUUUGCGGGGCUGGCUUAAAGCCUCAACAGAUAACCAGCAAAAACCUCAAACAGAAUAGAGCCGCGCAGGUUCGUCCCUCAAUGCAGCAGCUGCAGCAUGGCUCCGCACUCGACUAGACAGCUCCCGGCCCCUUCUCUUUGACAAGCGCGGCGAACCUCUAACAGAUCGCAAUAAAACAGCCUCAACAGAUUGGCGCUAGGUCGUGUGGACUUCUCUCCCAUCGGCGUCGUGUGCACUUUUUUCACAUGCUGCGCAAUACCCUCAACAGAGUCGCCGACAAAUACUCUCGACAGAUUUCAUCCCGAGCAGAGUCAGCGCAAUACCCUCAACAGACUCGCCGCCCAAUACUCUCGACAGAUUUCAUUUCGAGCUGAGUACCUAUGACGCAAAUUGUGCCAGCGACCUCCUAACACUGCUGAAACACUACGGCAAUACCCUCAGCGGGCUAUCCUCUUAACUCUCUCAAAGAGUUAUCCUCUCAGCAGACUAAAAGGCCAAAAAUACCCUCAACACACAGACUACGCCAUGGGCGCAACUCGCACGACAGAACACCCUCAACAGACCGUCUACGACGUAAAUUGUGCCGCCGACCUUCCUAUCUUUUGCGAUUUCGAACCAUUUCACAAGUUUCGCUCUAAACCGACUGCAGAAUGAUAGACGAAAACACGAUCUAGGGAACUUUUCUCGGGAUAGGAAUAAACACGCAGAACAGGCAAAACUGCGCACGAUUUUCACAAUUCGGGGCGUCGUUGAUUCCUCCCGUCGCGUUUCUCUCUAUCGUCGGGGUCGCUCGGUGUCAGGAUAGGAAUAAACGCAACUAAAACGGUGAUGGAUGUUUAUUCCUAUCGCGUUACGCUCUAAAAUUCUGCAUAUAUAGGAUCGAGACUCCUGCUGACAACAAAGGAAUCAAGAUAUUCACUGAUGAAAUUUGUUGGUUUAUACAAUGAUUACAUUGAUGAUGACGAUAAGAGUGGUGCGCAAGUAGACAGCAAAGUUGUUAACCUAUGA